AUGCAAUUAACCAUUUGUGCCCUCUUUAUCCAGAGCCUCUCCCACUUUGACCAUGAAGAAGAUGUGGAAACACAAGUGACUGAAGAUGUGUUUUCAAUGCAGAGGGAAGCAUGGGAAUUGUUUGAACAGUUUGAAAGAAAAUUCUGCUCCGUGCAUUCCACUGCCAUUCUGUACAGAGAGAGAAUCGUUGAAUCCUUUCAGCAGCUUCAUCAACAUCUUUUAAAGAAGGAAGAAGUGCAACUGGCCAAAAUCGCAGAGAAAAAACAAAAAGCCAUAAAGGAUUUACAGAUUAGAGAAUCUUUGAUUUCAGGCCUGUGUUCCUCCAUUACGAAAUUUAUUUUCCUUCUGGAAAAUGAAGAGGCAACAUUUUUAGACACUGAAGUGUUGAAUAGAUUUAGGGCAGAGCUAAAGGAUCUGUCCAAGUGUGAAGUUGCAUUACAUGGCCAUGCAUCCCCUAUCAACACACAGGUGUGGAGAGGGAUAAGGCAUUUUGUAAAGCCACUGCAGAGAUCAUUACAGUUUGACCCACAGAGUGCUCAUACUAACCUUAUCUUCUCUAAAAAUCUCAAGCAAGUAAGGUUCUCGCCCUUUGCUCAACCUCUGAAAAGCUCCAACUCUUUUGAUCCAGGGCUUUAUGUCUUGGGAGUUCCUGGUUUUCAUUCUGGUCAGCACUACUGGGAAGUGGAUGUUGGCCAUAAAAGCAACUGGAUUGUUGGAGUUGUGAAAGAGUCAGUACCAAGAAAGGGAUCUCAAAACCUGGAUCCAGCUAAGGGUUUUUGGGUGUUAAAUAAACAAGGAGACAACGUCUACGUUGGCUGUGGGCUGUCAUGUCCAAAGUCUUUGCGUUCUCCCCAUAGAAUUGGGGUGUUUAUUGACCUUUUAGAUGGCUACUUGGCUUUCUACGAUGUAGAUACGAAUAGUGUAAUCUUUGAAAUCACAGAAUGCAAUUUUGUUGGGAACCUACUUCCAUUUUUCUGCCCAGGAGUCCCAGCAAAGGAGGAAGAUUUGGGGCCCUUGACUUUGCUUAACUAACUGCCCAAUGAAG